ACGAGUGGUGACGCCUCAAUGGUUGCCCGGGCGCGGCUCCGGGGUUCGGAGGCUGGCAGCUGGGGCGAGACGUGGCACCUCUUUUCGAGGCACCUUUCGUCGGGGGCGGGCGGCUGGGACUGCGCCUUGGGCGGCCGUCGGGGCGGGGAACGAUGAGCCCCAGGAGCGCAGGCUCCUCCUCCGGGCUGUUGCUGACCGUCGGCUGGCUGCUCCUGGCCGGCCUCCAGUCUGUUGGCGGGAAGAACGGCUCCUACCUCCAGGAUUCCGGCCUGAGCCGCGACAGCGAGAGCGAUGAAGAUGCCGAAAACGAGAACGACGCCGAGGCCGAGGGCGCGUCGGAUACCGAGGAGGAUGGUACAAAUACGACAAUAAUCAAAGAAGUAGAAUUUGGAAUGUGCACCGUUACAUGUGGUGUUGGUAUUAGAGAAAUUAUAUUAACUAAUGGAUGCCCUGGAGGUGAAUCCAAGUGUAUCGUGCGGGUGGAAGAAUGCCGUGGACCGGUAGACUGUGGCUGGGGCAAACCAAUUUCAGAAAGUCUUGACAGCGUUAGACUGGGGUGUAUUCAUAUAUCUCCCGUAAAUCGUUUCAAAUAUAUGUGGAAACUUCUAAGACCUGACCAACAAGCCAUUAUACUUGGAAAUGAUUCAGCAAUCCUGGAUGUACGCCGAGAUUCUCGCCCCAUUGCUUUAGAGUGUGACACCCUGGAUAAUAAUGAAGUGAUUGCAUCUGUUAGAUUCACAGUCUAUACAACAACUGAAUUGCAGAUGAGACGCGUAAGGCGACCAGACACUGAUGCAGUCCUAGUUUUUGUGUUGACUGUAGGAAUCAUUAUGUGUGUAUUCGUGAUCUUUGUAUUGAUCUUCAUAAUCAUGAACUGGGCAGCAGUCAAGUCUUUCUGGGGGGGGAAAUCAUCAGGAACUGAGAUACAUUCUGAGUUGAGUUCUAUGAGAUAUAAAGAUUCCACUUCUCUUGACCAAUCACCAGCAGAAAUACCUGGAAAUGAAGAUGAUGCUUUAAGUGAAUGGAAUGAAUGAUGU